GACAAGGCAACCGCAGCCGCAGCCGCAGCCCAGAAGCCUUGUCGCUGUCAAAAAACAGCUGGAGCUGGGCACUCGAGCUUAUCGCAUCACCAUUAAUUCAGUACUCGAGUGCCCGUCCUUCAUUGACCUCAACUCCACUCCACCACCACAACAGACUUCCUCUACCGGCUGCCAUCGACCGGAAGAGAUACGUAUCCUCCCUGCCAAUCUCAUUGCGCGUCGCCUACUCGCAAUCAAAUGUCGGGCGACAUCGAAGGGCAGCAGAACGGCAACACGGCCCUAUGCCAGAGAUGUCAUGAGGAGGCUGCGACUCACCAGAUCCGGUCCGAUGGCAUCUGCACGUCAGUCCCCACCUGGCUAUGUGGGAAGACAUGAACUUACUCGCGGUUAGGAAAUGCUUCGUUGCAUAUGUCACCACCAAAGCCAUUAAGCGCAUGGAAACCUACAAAAUUCGUGGGACAACCAAAACCGCACGAAGGCUGCUCUUCCCACUUUCAUUCGGUCCAUCAUCGGCAUCCUUACUGCAUAUCCUGGACCAACACAUUCAAGGACAGUAUCUACGUAUGAACCGGGCUUCCUACGAACUGGUCGUGGUUCAUAUAAACCUGUAUGUCGACCCUGUGGAUCGAAAGGAUGCUGAUCUACUGCUGGAGAAAUACAAAUCGCGUUUCCCGAGGCACACAUAUUCUACCCUCAAUCUUGAGGAUGCCCUGACCCUUGAGGGGAUUGACUGGAAGGCUCUCAAAAUGGAGGAGCCGCUUAAUACGCAGAACCCUGCAGAUAAACUACAAGCACUCCUUGGAUCCAUGUCCUCAGCUACUUCCCGUUCUGAUAUCGUUUCCACCUUACUUACCCGACUCCUAGUGGAUGUCGCGAAGAAGAGUGAGUGCGAGAGCAUUUUAUUCGGGGAUUCCACCUCUCGUCUGGCUGAAAAAACCCUGACAGAAACAGCCAAAGGUAGAGGGUUUUCUCUACCGUGGCAAGUAUCCGAUGGGGCUUUAUCUUAUGGAAUCGCCUUCAAUUAUCCUCUUCGGGAUCUACUCAAAAAGGAAAUCCAAACAUUUUCCUCCUUGACAACACCACCUCUGACCGAUUUGGUCAUUAACCCAAAGUCUUCAUCUCAUAUUUCCGCCUCUUCCAAAACCACUACCAUUGAUGAUCUCAUGGCACAGUACUUUGAGACAGUGGAAGAGAACUUCCCAAGCAUUGUGGCAAACGUUGUUAGAACGACUAGCAAACUCAAGUCUCUACCAGACGAAGACACCACAUCCUGUGGGCUUUGUGGUCUUCCAGUUGCCAAAGGGACCGAUGGCAUAUACGGUUGGGGCGGUGACCAAAAUACAUCUUCACAGCCCACAGAAGAGAAACUCCAUCAUGGAAUAUUGUGCUAUGGCUGCUCGAGAUCCAUCAACAGUUGAGAUGACUCUUUGGGGAAAAAGAAAUUAUCAGGCAAUGUAUUCAAAUUCAAUCCUUCUAUAAACUCCUUCUAAUGCAGUUUAUCUGUACAGGGGUGGUCUGAUUAUAGAUCAAAUGAAGUGUAUGCACAGUCAUCAUCUAGAUCUCAUCCUUGAUAUUUGUGCUGGGAAGAAUUUUGUCCUCAAACUUCCGCAUCAGCUUGUUCGUUUGUUCCGCCAAACUGAGAGUCAAGAUGGUAUGAGGCAAGAUUCUUGCUAGAUGAGGCAAGAAGCCCUUAUAGAUAGCCAGGACUCCCUCGGUCUUAAUUGUCUUUCCAAGGCAAUCAAAUACACCCUUGUAAAGAUUGCCAUUUUGGUUGUACAUGCGAGACAUGAUGGUAUCUACUCUGGCAUUAGUUGAAUUCUGGCGGGAUAUGGCUCGUGUUCAUACCUGGUGGGUGCAUCACGCAGCACACAACGAAUCCACUCGC